AUUUGAUCCAGUGCACAAAUGAGAUGAAUGUAAACAUCCCGCAACUGGCAGACACUUUAUUUGAACGAACGACCAACAGCAGCUGGGUGGUGGUCUUCAAAUCUUUGAUUACAACUCACCACCUCAUGGUGUAUGGCAAUGAGCGCUUCAUCCAGUAUCUUGCGUCCCGGAAUACUUUAUUCAAUCUGAGCAAUUUUUUGGACAAGAGUGGACUUCAAGGUUAUGAUAUGUCCACCUUUAUAAGACGCUAUAGCCGGUACCUGAAUGAGAAGGCAGUCUCUUAUAGACAAGUUGCUUUCGACUUCACCAAAGUAAAGCGUGGGGCUGAUGGCGUCAUGAGAACAAUGAACACAGAAAAGUUGCUAAAGACAAUGCCCAUUAUACAGAACCAAAUGGAUGCCCUGCUUGAUUUCAAUGUAAAUGCCAACGAACUGACAAAUGGAGUCAUUAAUGCUGCUUUCAUGCUGCUCUUCAAGGAUGCCAUCAGACUGUUUGCCGCAUACAAUGAAGGGAUAAUUAAUCUGUUAGAAAAAUACUUUGACAUGAAGAAGAACCAGUGUAAAGACGGGUUGGAUAUUUACAAGAAGUUCCUCACCCGAAUGACACGGAUUUCAGAGUUUUUAAAAGUUGCUGAGCAAGUGGGGAUUGACAGAGGAGACAUACCUGAUCUAUCUCAGGCUCCAAGCAGUCUGCUUGAUGCCCUGGAACAACAUUUAGCCUCUCUGGAAGGGAAGAAAAUCAAAGAUUCAACAGCAGCAAGCAGGGCUACCACACUUUCCAAUGCAGUCUCAUCACUUGCGAGUACCGGCCUCUCCCUCACCAGAGUGGAUGAAAGAGAAAAGCAAGCAGCACUGGACGAAGAACAGGCUCGAUUAAAAGCUUUAAAGGAACAGCGUCUCAAGGAGCUUGCCAAAAAGCCUCACAACGCCUCCACGACCGCCUCCUCCCCCGUGUCAUCCUCAGCAGGCAGUAUAAAUACAACUGCCGCCAUUGACCUGUUUUCAACUCCAGGUUCAUUAAACAGCACUUCCAAGCUGCCAAAUGACUUGCUUGACAUGCAGCCAAGUUUCCAGCCAGCUGUGCAUCCGCUGAGCGCCGUGCCACAAGUAGCGAAUACAUGGGGAGAUCCAUUCUCUUCUGAAACUGGUGAUGAGACCAUCUCAAACCUUAAUCCUUUCCUCAGUAAACCUAGUGAUGGUGCCCACCUACCUGGUAUAAGCACUGACACUGCCAGCUUCACAGCUAAGACUCCUAACCAUGACAUAUUUAUUGGGUUCACCCCAUCACUAGCUGUUCAACCACAGACCUCUGGUGGCCUUAAUGUUGACUUUGAUUCUGUUUUUGGCAACAAGUCUCCCUCUAACAUCAGUGUAGACUCCACGGGUUUCGACGACUUGGGUGGACUUCUCAAGCCAACAGUAGCUUCACAAAACACAAAUGCUCCCUGCUCCAGAAACCCUCCAUCCAAGCUGGUGUCUGAUGACUUGGACUCCUCUCUGGCUAACUUAGUGGGCAAUCUGGGCAUCGGGAACGGAACAGCAAAGAAUGAUGUUCAUUGGAGUCAGCCUGGAGAAAAGAAAUUAACAGGAGGGAGUAAUUGGCAGCCAAAAGUGGCCCCCACCACUACCUGGAACCCAGCCACCUUGGUAAUGAUCCUUUUACCACAGGCACCGCCAAUCAUGGCCUAUCCAGCCACAACGCCUACAGGAAUAGCUGCAUUUGGAAUGCCUCCUCAGAUGGGAUCUGUGCCAGUAAUACCACAGCAAGCAUUAAUAUACAACCAACCUGUAAUGAGACCACCUAAUCCUUUUGGCCCUGUAUCAGGAGCACAGGUAAAGCAAACCAUCUUACAUGUGUGUACCUGCCAGCGACGUGCACAUUCAGCCAUCGGCUCACUUAUACCAAGUGACGUGUUAAGCGCCAAGCUUCGUAGUGGCAACAGUCACACGAUGUAG